UACUGCUUUAAGAGUCAGUGAAAGGUAGGUUCGCCUUUUUUGAUUUUGUUUAGAUUCCUUCGUUUUGAAUGCUUUUUGAUCGUGUGGUGUUAUGUACAUCGUUCGUUGUUUUAGCAACAUGAGCUAGCUGCAGGUUAACCGUCAAAGCGUGCUAACCUUGUUAUAGCAUAUUUAACCGGGUUUUUUUUAAGUAGUCCGUUAAUUAGAUUGUUUUUAUUUCAGAGUGCGAUAAGAAGUUUAUACUCCAAAAAUUCAAUAAGUUAAUAUGUAUAAUUAUUUUGUGGCAUUAAUACAAGCAAUAGCUAGUAGGUUAAAACAAGCUCCACAGCUUGUUGUAUGCACGUUUUGUUAUGCAUAAUGUGAUUCACUAUCUUUCCCGUUAAAUUGUUUUUGUCGAUACAUAGCCUAGACAAGAGUAAAAUAUGGAAGUACAAUAUGCAUCAGUUUUCAAAGUGUUUUCUUAGCAGUUUCAUGUACACUUAUGCUAAUGCUGGAGAUCUACAGCUUUACAUUGACAAUAUUUACAAAAGCAAUUCAAAAUAAGAAAAAUUGAAAAACAAGGAACUUAAAAAAUCCCCAAAACAGGCAGGCCCUGUUGAAAAUUUUAACUCCUCAACUUUACUCAACUUUCAGGAUACCUACAAAAGAGAUCACGAUACACACGUGAUCAAUAUCAAUAGAUAGUAAGUCUGACAGAAUAUUCAAUAGAAUAUUCUCUGAACUCUGAUCCAGAACCACAUACCAUUCUGGAGGAUGUAGGCACAGUCAAGGCUUCUCAACCUCUCAAGGCUAGCUCAUCUAGGUUGAUGGCUUCAUUUAACUCACUGGUGAACUAGCAACAAGCUGUUGAGUAACUUGCGGAGCAGCAGUUUAAUGUUUCACCACUGUGCCUCAUAAAUGUUUUUUAAAAACAUUAUGGUGUGAAAGCUGUGGAUAAAAUGGGAAAGGUCACAUCACCAGUUUGGCAGUAUUUCAGAUAUAAAAAAAAUUAUUGAUAUAAAAUAAUAAAAAAUGCUUGCAUCGUGAAAUGUUUUUCAGUAAUAUCAUGCAACCCUAUUCUCAUGUUCAUAAUACAUUUUUUGGAAUGUUAUGUUUUAUUAGACAUUAUUCAUUAGUUAUUGUGUGUAAUUGUCACAGGAUGGAUGAGAUAUAUGACUUCUUAAAAUCACGGGAUGUUUCAGAGGAAGUCAUACAACGACUGCAAAAGGAUAAGAUUGACUCCAGUGUCCUUCUGCUCAUGACAGAUGAGCAGCUUAAGGAGUAUCUCCCAUCUUAUGGUGACCGACUGGCACUUCUCGGAUAUUGCAGACGAAGGGAAAAUGAUCCUGCUGGCCGGAAAUCAAAACUUUUUGACCGAUUGAGAGCCAAGAUUUCAAGGAAGAAAGGCAACGAUCAAAAGCAGAUCUCAGAAAAUGUUAGCAUCAGAAAUGCUCAAAAAACUGUUCGAAAAGUUGAGAUAGGAUGGAUGAAUUCUCGAGAUGGGAAGCUUUUACAAGUUCGGACAAAGAAAGGUGGUGGAACAAGAAAAAUUGAUGUGUCAAAGGACUGUAGAAAAAAUGACUUAAUUGAAAAGGCAGUGGGUUUGUUUUUUCCGUCUCAAAGAAAUUCACAUGGAAGAAUUACAGAUUUUGAGGUUGACAUGACAGAUUUCCAGGAACAUUCACUUGAUGAACAUAUUACAGUUGGAGAACUUUAUGAGCAGACAAAACUACCUGUUUUGCGUUUUUACCUAACAACCAAAAAGAAGGACACUGGCAGCGACUCAGAACCAGACAACCCCAGUGGAAAUGACCAAGACACUUUAAGGUAUUCUACUCACUGUCAAGUUUGCACACCACUGACUCAAUCCAAAGCACCAGACAGCAUUGAUGCCAUAUAUGUUGGAACCAGCAGUGUCCUGACAAACAGCAGCAGUGAUAAUGUUCACCUAGUUUACUCUACUGAUGACAUGGGUGAUUUGUCCAAUGUCCAAGAGCUAGAUGCAGGAAUCAAUGGGGACAUUUUAGAAGACAGUGGCACUGUUACCUUUUUCACAGGACACAUUUCUGACACAGAUAGUGUCAGUCUUGAUGACACCCUUCCUCUGUCUCCACAGCCAUCUAGUCCAGUGCUUUCUUCUUCACAAUUUGAUUCUUUGAACGAGCCAAUUGUUCAGAGAGAAGGGAUUAAGGAAAUCCUUGGCCAGAUCCUGAAAGAACUAAUUUCACAUUUUUGUGAUCCAGGUGUCACUCAGGAGGACAUAUGUAUUCAAGUGGUGCUCCCUGAUGGAAGGCGAGAAAAGGCUGUUGAUGAUGGAGGAGUUUUGAGGGAUGUCCUCUCAGAAUUUUGGCAGGACUUUUAUGAACAGUGUACAAUGGGCAAUAACUUUAAGGUGCCCUACUUGCGUCAUGAUUUUGGACAGCAACAAUGGGAAAGCAUUGGCCGAAUUAUUGCCUUUGGCUGGCAAAAACAGAAGUACCUGCCUAUAAAACUUGCUCCAGUAAUACUGGAACAAGCAGUUCUUGGUUCUAUAAAGAGUCCUCUUGUUGAUAGCUUCUUAAGGUAUGUUACAGAGUACGAUCGGAUGGUGUUUGAAUCUUGCCUUUCAGAUUUUCAGAGUGUUGACAAAGAAGAGCUUCUGGAAAUCAUGGAUAUCCAUAACUGUCGAAGAGUACCAACAGCUGAUAACAUAGAGCUACUACUUGAGGAGCUUGCCCACCAAAAGCUCAUUCAGGAACCUGCCUUUGUUAUUGAGCAGUGGAGCACUGUCCUUUCCCCUCUGAGGUCUGAGAUGGAAAGUAUUACAGCUGCAUAUGAAAAUCUCCAGCCAACAUUAAGAAAGGUUAUAAAUUCAAUUGUAUACCCUGUAGUCAUGAAUGCACAGCAGAAAAACAUCAGCAAAUAUUUAAGUUCUUAUCUCAGAGAAUCAGACUCACAACACCUGUCACUUUUUCUGCGGUUCUGCACAGGAUCUGAUUUGUUUCUUCAAAAAACUAUCAGUGUUAGCUUCACUCAACUUCAAGGUAUUCAGAGACGGCCAGUUGCCCACACAUGCGGUUGCUACCUAGAGUUGCCAGUUAAUUAUGAUAACUAUCCAGAGUUUCGACACGAAAUAAACAAGGUCCUAGAAAGUAGUGUAUGGGUGAUGGAUAUAGUCUAACAGACUUCAGCUGAAGAACAUGUGAGUUUAAGGAAUCUUUGGUAACACCUUAUUUGAAGGGGUGUGCAUAAGACUGACAUGACACUAUCAUAAA